AUGCACUCGGCAUCUGUUGUCAAUGGCACUGCCUUUCACCCCUCCACGUUUAUUUUACUUGGAAUCCCUGGGAUGCAAGACAAGCAUGUUUGGAUUGCCAUCCCCUUCUGUUCCCUGUAUAUCCUUGCUCUGCUGGGCAAUGGCACCAUCCUCUACCUCAUCAUGAUGGACAGAGCUUUGCAUGAACCGAUGUACCUCUUCCUAUGCUUACUCUCCAUCACUGACCUGAUACUCUGUUCUACCACAUUGCCCAAAAUGCUAACUAUCUUCUGGCUCAGAUCGCACAAAAUUUCCUUCCAUGGCUGCCUCACUCAAAUGUUUUUUGUGCAUGCAGUCUUUGCGACAGAAUCAGCCAUUCUACUGGCCAUGGCUUUUGAUCGCUAUGUAGCUAUCUGCCGCCCACUGCAUUAUACAUCCAUCCUCAACGCCACCGUCAUUGGCAAGAUUGGUCUGGCAUGUGUGAUUCGUGGCCUUCUCUUUGUUUUUCCCUUCAUCAUCCUCAUUGAGCGCUUACCCUUCUGUGGACAUCACGUCAUUCCCCACACGUACUGUGAGCACAUGGGUAUAGCCAAGCUGGCCUGUGCCAGCAUCAAGCCCAACACCAUCUAUGGUCUCACUGUGGCACUUUCAGUGACUGGAAUGGAUGUGGUUCUCAUCGCCUCUUCCUAUGUCCUGAUCCUGCAGGCUGUGCUGCGGCUGCCCUCCAAGGAUGCACAAUUCCGAGCAUUUAGCACUUGUGGAGCCCAUAUUUGUGUAAUCCUUGUCUUCUAUAUUCCCGCCUUUUUUUCCUUUUUCACCCACCGUUUUGGUCACAGAGUACCUCCGCAGGUCCACAUUGUGCUUGCAAAUCUAUAUCUCCUGGUGCCUCCUGUUCUCAACCCUCUGGUCUAUGGCAUUAAUACCAAACAGAUUCGCCUGAAAAUAUUUAGCAUUUUUACAGGGAGGGGAUAA